AUAUGUCGGGUAUAUUUCUACUUCUAGGCCAAAGUGUUGGUGAAGUGUUGAUUGUUUACUAUUAAAAUUGAUGUGAUAAAAUGGCAAAAAGUAAAUACGAAUAUGUGAGAAAAUUCGAACAGAAUGAUCAGUGUCUUAUGAACUGUUGGAUCGUUAUUCGAAUCGAUGGCAGAAAUUUUCACAGAUUUUCUGAUGGCCACUGUUUUGAGAAACCAAACGAUCAAAGAGCAUUGCAGCUUAUGAAUAAAUGUGCUGAGACUGUGAUGAGGGAAUUCACUGACAUUGUGAUUUCAUAUGGACAGAGCCUACUUAUACAACAAACAUUGAACUUGAAAAUGUCAUUCAUAAACGUUAUGGAGAAAAAAUGUGUUUUGUUUACUGCAGGUCACAUUAACAAUCUCUACAACACAUGCUUUUGGUGUCUGGUUAAGCAGUCAGGUCUUACAGCAGAGAAAGCUGAGGAGAGACUAAAUGGAACUGUUUCCAGUGACAAAAAUGAGCUUCUCUUCUCUGAAUUCAACAUGAAUUAUAACAACCUUCCUCAAAUAUACAGAAAAGGAUCAGUUCUGGUCUGGGAGAGGGUUUGUGACAUCAAUGACACAGCUCGAGAAGAAAAUGUUAGAAAACCAAAGAGACAGAUUGUUAUUGACCAUACCGACAUUAUAGGCGAUACAUUUUGGAAUGAACAUCCUGAAAUCCUGGACAGUUAACCUCUUUGGUUUUGUGACUAUCUCACUGGAAGGACAUAUUUAUAAUGCUGCAACAACUCAAUUCCAGAUGUAUUGAUUAUCCUAACACACUGAAAUAUCCAUUUAAUAUAUUAUUUUAUUAAAUUUGAGGACAGUAUUGCUUAAAAAAAUUUUGCCAAGAAACUGUAUGCAAGAAGAGAUACAGUUGGGUAAAAACCCUUUACAUGGCUCUGUUCCAUUACAGGGUUCAUACACUUUUUCAGGCCAAAGAUUCAAGGACUUUUCAAGGACUUUCCAGCACCCUACUUAGAAAUUUCAAGGACUU